AUGUCUGAUUAUGAAAUGCUUUCCAUACAUCAUGUGUCGUCUACGGGGGCUUCGGAAAACAACCCGCUCUGGGGCUUUUUCAGGGGUUGCUUUUCGCAUUUCUUUUUCCUCAUGUUGAUCUCCGCGUCGGUUGAGUGCAGGAAAAAUCUCUUUGCGCGUCAACCUCUUAGUAGGCAAGGCAAAUCGUUACGAGUGGGCGAAAUGCAUAUUCGUUUGUUUGUCAUUGACCAAUUAUGCCUGUUGUGCAGACAUAUUGUCGAGGCUGUGGUAGAACUCCCAAGGAAACAGCCAGUUUGCCCAGCCGAAGAAAGCUACACUGAGCCGCGAUACGCGUCUUACGUAUCUGCAGCGUCCGGACCGGCGUUAUGA